AUGGCUCUACAAGGUCUCCUGCUACUCCUUGCCGGCACCGAGUUGGUGCUUGGUGGUGUCAUCGCUCACAGGGGCAUCACCCCCGUCAACCCUCAUGACGACAAGGCAACAUCUUUCUGUAGUUGGUGGCUUGACUAUAACGAGCAGACGCCGUGCGACCAGAUUCUCCAGACAAACUCUAUCACUCUCGAGCAGUUCCAACGCUGGAAUCCGUCCAUCACUGGUUCUUGCAACGGCUUGACCGUCGGCCGCUCUUAUUGCGUGGAGGCUGCCUUUGAACCCUCGCCAACUGCAUCACCAACACCGACGGUGUCGCAGACGACGUCGACUACAGCACCCACUCGUACUCCAGGAGCCAUUGAGACACCGCAGCCCACACAGCCGCAAAUCGCGGACAACUGUAACGCAUUCUACCUCGUCAAGUCCGGGGAUAGCUGCGCCGCCAUUGCUGCCGCUCACCAAAUCACCAGCGCCCUAUUUUUGGCAUGGAACCCAAGCGUGGGUAAUGACUGCUCUGGUUUGUGGGCGGAUUCUUAUGCUUGUGUCUCGAUUGUCGGCUACCAGGCGCCUACCUCGUCGGCCCCCCAGCCAACUCCUACGAAGCCAUCUAACGGGAUUGAAACACCCGUGCCAACGCAGGGCAGAAUGGUCGAUAACUGUGAGAAGUUCCACCUAGUACAGUCUGGCGAGGGCUGCUCUGCCAUUGCCUCUAAAUAUGGUAUUACCGUCGCCGAGUUCGUUCGAUGGAAUCCGUCGGCUGGCAGUGACUGUAGCGGUCUUUGGGCUAAUGCGUACGCUUGCGUCUCUGUCAUCGGUUGGAAGCCGACACCAACUCCACCCACUACAACCAAGCCUAGCAACGGCAUUCAGACGCCAACACCCACCCAGCCAGACAUUGUUGGUAACUGUAACAAGUUCUAUCUCACGAAACCCGGUGAUUCGUGUGCCAGUAUUGCUUCGCAGAAUGGUAUCCAGCUAGCUGAUUUCCUCAAAUGGAACCCCAAAGCAGGAAACAACUGCGCGGGACUUUGGGCCAACGCAAACGCUUGCGUGUCUGUUAUCGGGUAUACUCCAACUCCAACUCCAACCAAGCCUGGAAAUGGGAUCCAAACACCGACACCGAUCCAAAAUGGCAUGGUCACAAACUGUAAACAGUUCCAUUUUGUUGAGCCUGGCCAGACCUGUUCAGUUAUUCAGGCGAAGUACAAGGUCUCGCUUGCGGACGUCGUCAAGUGGAAUCCUGCCAUUACUGCGAACUGCAGUGGUAUGUGGAGCAAGGCCUAUCUUUGCGUUGGAACUCUUUGA